CGAUUUGAUGUCUGCAGAGUGGAAGCAAAAACCAAAGUGUCCCUAUGAUGAUCGGAGAACCGACUCGGCCCCUUCAGCCGGUCGUCGUCCCUCCUUGGGACUUGUUCGAUGACCCGACGGCUGCCAUGGCGUCGGCGUUUCCUGUUAGUGGCAUCUCCAUCAACGUUAACAGCAAUGGUGACAGUCCUACCGGCGCUGACUACUCUCCGGUCUUGCUCAGCGAGGCCAUGACGGCGCUCCAGCGUUACCUGCCGUCGAAUGAGUUUUCGCAGGAAUCAGAUGUCACCGGCGACGAUCUUGACUUGCCGGUGGACGUUUUCGCUUGCGACAACUUUCGAAUGUUCGAGUUCAAGGUUCGGAGAUGCUCGCGAGGAAGGUCUCACGACUGGACGGAGUGUCCGUACGCCCAUCCCGGCGAGAAGGCCCGCCGGAGGGAUCCUCGCAAGUACCACUACUCUGGCACGGCGUGCUCGGACUUCCGAAAGGGAACAUGCAAGAAAGGUGACGCGUGCGAAUUUGCCCACGGUGUGUUCGAGUGCUGGCUCCAUCCGGCGAGAUAUCGGACUCAGGCGUGCAAGGACGGGACUCACUGUCGUCGGCGAGUUUGCUUCUUUGCUCAUUCGCCGGAGCAGCUUCGUGUCCUGCCUCAGAAGAGUUCGAAGACACCGACCUCUUCUGAUUCGUUCGAUUGUUCCCUGCUUCGUCGAGGCUUCGAUUCAUAUUUCUCCAAUGGAGCGGUUGCCUCGUCGCCGACUUCGACUCUUAUAUCUCCCCCGGUUUCUCCGCCGUACGAUUCGCCCCCGACUUCGCCCAACGGCUAUUCGCUCGGUGGGCAAUUCAGGCGCAACUCGGUGAAUGAACUCGUUUCCUGUAUGCGUAAUUUACAGUUCGAGAGAACGAAACUGAAUUCUCCUACGUGGGGCGUUCAGAUGGGUCCCGGGAAUGGGUCGCCCAGGUGCUCGAUGCUCCUACCCGGAUCCUACAGCCUACCCAACACACCAACACGGGCCCCGACCCGGACUGCACUCAGUCACCUCGACCUCUGGGACACGAACUGCGAAGAAGAAGAGCCUGCAAUGGAAAGGGUGGAGUCCGGGAAAGAUCUACGCGCCAAGAUCUAUGCGAAGCUCAGCAGGGAGCAGUCUGUGGGCCGAUCCGACUCAUCUGCCUCGGCUCCUGAUGUUGGUUGGGUGUCGGAACUCGUGAAGUGAAGCUUGAUGUUCUCGUCAAUUCAUUUUCUCUGCCCCCAGAAGCUUUGUUGAAUCUGAGUUCUCUCCGUUUGGAUAAUUAUUUUUUUUGUUUUGUUUUGGAAAAUAUGUUUGAACCGGCGGCUUCAGAUUGAUCAGAUUAUGUUCAUAUUGGAUGACUUGAAGAUUACUACUGUAAAUACGCAAGUGAAGCGCAAGGGAUGGGAUGCCUGCGUUUCUAUUUUGUGGGUGGUUUUUUGUCGUCGGCGAAGGGUUAAAAGAAGAAGACGAUUGUGUUGGGUGUACAGACAAGCAGUAAUCGUUUUUUUGUUUGUUUUGGGGGAUGGGGAUGGGGAGCUCUGCCGUAUGAGCGGUUGCCUGCUUGGCUUGAUCAUUUUCCUCUGAACCUGUAUUUCUUCUGGAAUUUUCUUUCUUAAUUUUCCCAGAAACUAAUCUGUGUAAGCCCUGCCCUCUGUUAUUCUGCCUAAUCAAUGUAAUAUAUAAGUUUCUCAAAUUAUUUCAAA